AGUAGUCAGUGGGAACAGCUUAAAGAAUCUGGAUUACUCUCAACUGAGAAAGUUAAACCAGCUGUUAACAAAACACCAAAAGCAGCAAAGAAGAAUGAAACCAUGAAAGAAUUCCUGACUGUAGGACCUGUAACUCCUGAUGAUGAAAUCAGCUUCAAAAAGACAGUCAGAUCUGUAGAACAACCGAAAGAAAAAGAUGACACAGCCAAGAAGACAGCUACCAAAAGAUCAAUUAAAAAAGUAUCAAAUAAAGAACUUCUGAAAAUCCAGAUGAAGACGAUGAAAAAUAAAAAGAAAAAAAUUAGUAAAAACUUAUAAAGAGUUUAACUACAGUCAUGAUUGAUUAUAAUCAUCAGAACCAUUACUGUAUAACUUUUAUAUUUGCAUUCAAGUUGAUUUGUGCAAUUUUUUGCAUGGUGAGAUGUAAAGCUAAAGCCAGGCACACUCUGAUGGCCAUUGCAAUUCCAUGAAGGUUGCUAUUAGGUGAAAGAUUGUUAUCAAUGAUUUUGCACUCAUAUUGCCACCAACAACUGGCAGAUGGCCCCAUGUCAUGAAACAAGAUUGGGGGUGGAUUUUUUAAGUAGGCAGUCAGUUUAUCGCCGUCUUUCCGGCAUUGGCUUGUGUUAAUUUUCAGUGGAAAUGGCCUUGGUCUUGGUAGUGGAUCAGUAUGUUGAUAUGUUUAUCUAGGUUAGUGGCGUAUAUAGGGGUAUGGGGUUGGGUGCAUGCCCCUCUAAAAAGCUCCCUCCCCCAUUUAAAACAUUUGAAGCAAAAAAAUCAAGCUAAAGUAGUUAAAAAUCACCUUAUAACACCUUACUUUGUGAGCUAGCACCCCCUCACUUAAAUUUCAGGCCUUCCCACUUCACUAUUUUAAAUGUUAUUUUCAUAUCAUAAAGGGCAUGGUAGAAAAUACUUAAGGAUACCCCCUCAAAUUUGAGACCACUCUACUGAGAGACCCUCUAAUUUGAGACCCCUUUAAUUCUAACGCCACUUUUUCAAUGUACCAACUAAUGGUCUUCAGUCUUUUAACACAAAGCCAACCCCCUAAUAAUUGAUUGUUGAUUGGCGACCAAACCCAGAGACUACCCCACAUUAUCAGGUUUCCAAAGCAAGUCUCGAAUUGCAGGGCAACACUUAUUAUUUUUCUAUUAUUAUCUCCUUGCUUAUCACCAUUCUGAAGUCAACACCUGUAUGAUAAUUUAAAUAGAUUUUAAAUAAAAUAAUUUGUAGAAAAUUCA